AUGAAUCGAGCCUUGACCGAGCGGGUCACCCAACUGGAGAGUCAGCGCGACGUUGGUCAGGGUGACUCCUCCACAAGUUUGCCGGCACCGGUGGUGGCACCACAAUCGCAUUGCGAGGAUUCCGCUACUGUAUCGAAGUCGUGUGGAAGCAAGGCUCUCCCGAAAGGCCCAGCGGCUAUUUGGUUUGACUGGUACGCAAAAACACCACGUAUGUGGGACGUGUGUGCGGAUCGGCAGAAAAAAUCAGCGUACAAGCACACCGUGAACUACAUGAAGCUCUUCUUACCAAACGGCUUCGCGCUGGACCCGUCGGCCCCUGACUACACCGACCAAGUUGUUCGUACCGGAAUUGAGGCCGAAGCCGGGAUGUACAGAUUUUUCGAAGAGCACGGAGUCAAGAGCAAACGUGGAUCAGCUGUGCUCAAGCAACUGCGCAAGUUUUUCCGGGAAAGCAAGCUCAACUCUCUAGUAGACGCGUACCGUGCUCCCGUUGCUGUCGCUGGCGUAACGGACCCAGCGCCCAAGGAAACGCAAGAGCUGUUUACACGGAAGUAG